GGUGGUGACAUCACAGUGACGGCAGUGGUAGCAGCUGCUUCAGUGUAGGAGGGCAGACUGCUGUCUUUUCUUAUCCUCCAGUCUUCUCUCUGCCAGGAUCUCUGCCACAUCUCUUGCUGCCCUGUAGCCCACCUCACACAAGUCCUCAUUUUCCUCCAGAGAUUUGACCGGGGUCAUCAUGUCAUCAAAGGGAGGCCGCUACAGAGGAUCCGUGAGGGAUUACCCUGACUUUGAUGCCAGCCAAGAUGCUGAAACCCUUUAUAAGGCUAUGAAGGGAUUUGGCAAUGAUAAACAAGCCAUCUUGGAGCUCAUCACAGCCCGCAGCAACCAGCAGCGUAUUCAGAUAAUUCAGGCCUACAAAUCCCUCUAUGGCAAGGAUCUUAUUGAUGACUUGAAAUAUGAACUCACUGGUAAAUUUGAAAGACUUAUUGUUGGCCUCAUGCGACCCCCAGCAUAUUUUGACGCUAAGGAAAUAAAAGAUGCCAUAGAUGGUGUGGGAACUGACGAGAAGUGUCUCAUAGAAAUUAUGGCCUCUCGGAACAAUCAGGAGAUUCAUGCACUCGUGGAGGCCUAUAAGGACGCUUACGGAAGGGACCUGGAGACAGAUGUUGUCAAAGAUACCAGUGGACACUUUAAAAAAAUGUUGGUGGUUUUGCUGCAGGGCACAAGGGAAGAAGAUGACAUUGUGAGUGACGAGCUGGUGGCACAAGAUGCCCAGGAACUUUUUGAAGCUGGAGAAGCAAAAUGGGGCACAGACGAGACACAGUUCAUCUAUAUUCUGGGAAGUCGGAGCAAGACCCAUCUCCAACUUGUUUUUGAUGACUAUGAGAAAAUUGCUGGCAAGACAAUAGAGGAGAGCAUAAAGGCGGAACUUUCUGGGGACAUUGAGAAGUUGAUGCUGGCCGUUGUAAAAUGCGUUCGGAGCAUUCGAGAUUACUUUGCUACUCGGCUCUACAAGGCGAUGAAGGGCAUGGGUACAGCUGACAAUACCCUGAUCCGAAUAAUGGUUUCCCGUAGUGAGAUUGACAUGAUGGACAUUCGGGAGUCAUUUAGGACCCAGUAUGAGAAGUCUCUGUACUCUAUGAUUAAGAAUGACACAUCCGGAGAAUAUAAGAAGGCUCUGCUGAACCUCUGUGGAGGAGAUGAUGACGCCGCUGGGGAAUAUUUCCCAGAAGCCGCUCAGGUGGCGUUUCAGAAAUGGGAACUUAGCGCAACUACUGCUGCACGCACCGAGUUGAAAGGAACCAUACAACCUGCAGCUGGCUUCAAUGCAGACAGCGACGGGAAGGCAUUGAGGAAAGCAAUGAAAGGAUUCGGUACUGAUGAGGACACCAUCAUUGACAUACUCACCAAACGCAGCAACUCCCAGAGGCAAGCGAUAAAACAAGCUUUCAAGUCACACUUUGGACGUGACCUUAUGGCAGAUCUGAAGUCAGAGCUCUCCGGAACAUUGGCCAAACUCAUUCUAGGACUCAUGAUGACUCCAGCUCAGUUUGAUGCUAAGCAGAUAAACAAGGCCAUUGUGGGUGCAGGCACAGAUGAAAAAGUCCUAAUUGAAAUCAUGGCUACGAGAAACAACCAGGAGAUCCAAGCUAUUAAUGAAGCAUAUCAAGAAGCUUACCACAAGUCCCUGGAAGAUGCUGUAAGCUCAGACACAUCCGGACAUUUCAGGAGGAUCCUUAUUUCACUGGCAUCGGCAAACCGUGAUGAGAGUGGUGAAGACUUGGAGAAAGCUAUUGAAGAUGCCAAGGUUAUUGCUUCAGUCCUGGAAGUCUCAGAUUCAGGAUCUGGUGACUCAGCCUCCUUAGAAACCCGUUUUAUGACCAUCUUGUGCACACGUAGCUAUCCACAUCUCAGGAGAGUGUUCCAGGAAUUUAUUAAGCACACAAACCAUGAUGUUGAGCAUACCAUUAAGAAAGAAAUGUCUGGAGAUGUGAAGGACGCUUUUGUGGCUAUUGUGCGCAGUGUGAAGAACAAACCAGCUUUCUUCGCGGAACGCCUAUACAGGGCAAUGAAGGGUGCUGGUACAGAUGAACGGACAUUGACCAGGAUCCUGAUAUCUAGAAGUGAAAUUGAUUUGUUCAACAUUCGCCAAGAGUUUAAGAAUGAACAUGAAAAGUCUCUGCAUCACUGUCUUGAGAGUGAAACAUCUGGAGAAUACCGAAAAGCUCUGCUGGCCAUUUGUGGAGGAGAUGACUAAAGCAGGAGCCAAAAACUUUUUCUACAUCUAUAUGUGAGCUCACGCACUAAAUGUCUUUGUGGUAGAUAGCAUUUAGGACCUGAAGAGCAACUGUGAAAAGACAAGUUCACCAAGCAACAGAAAAUGCACCAAAGAAAUACAAUGCAUGGGAUAUGGGAGGGCAACUUAGGCUGGGGGGGCCGAUAGAUGUGGGAUCACUUAACUGUAACAGAAAGGCCUUCUAAAGCCCUUCUAAGCCAGAUACUGUUAUGUGACACUUGGAAAUUAUUUCUUACUACACCAAAUGCAUUUCUAGGUCCUUUAUUAUAUAGGUGGAUCUAGUCAAGUUGAAAUAAAGUGUCUUAUUACAUAA